GGAUAAUCUGUCAAAUUUGGAUGAUUCAUACAACAAUAUCAUCGUUUUAGAUGACUUGAUGGAUCUAGCGAAGGAUUCCACCAUUGUAUCUAAGCUAUUUACUCAAGGAAGACAUAGAAAUACCAGUGUUAUCCUCCUGCUUCAAAAUGCUUUUCCUAAGGGAAAGUGCAACACGGAAAUAUCCAGAAAUGCUCAGUAUGUGCUAUGGAAAUGUCCCUCAGACAGGAGACAAAUUGGUAUGCUGGCAGACAGAAUAUUUGAGAAAAAUAAGGACAGAUUUAUGGAGGUGUAUAAUAAGGUUACAGCAAAGCCAUAUCAAUAUGUGCUGGUAGAUUGUAAGCCAGAUACUCAUUCAAGUAAACAGUUGAUCGCCGACGUGUUUGGAGCAUGUAUAUAUUUUCCGAAUAUUUAUACAUCUGUCACUGCUACGAACCGCAGAAAAGUGAUUGAGGGGCGAGAACCUCUUGCACAGUCUAGUUUAACACACAUCAAUUCAAGUAUAAAUGACAUACUGAGAGAUACAGAAGAGGAAGGUCCGAUAGUUAUACAUCUAUCUAGCCAGGAAUGGUCUCAGGUGAUCACACAAUUCAAAAUGGCGGAUGGUAGCUACAAUGUCGAUCCUGGAUGGAAAAUAUGGAGGAUUUAUCUUUCUCAACACAACCGUGACACUCAUAGUAUACCAGUGUUGUUGAAAGGUUAUGGACCACAUUCUGAAACAAAAUUGUAUCACGUCGAUUUGGAUUGGCUAAAAUAUUCUUGUCACACUGUGAAACAUUUAUUGUGAAUAUAAUUUAUCAUAGGCAAAUGAUUUAUUCUGUG